CUUUAAUAUAUCGGACACAGAUGACAGCUGCUUCUUUCGUUGCUUAUUAUUCUACCAAGGGUGCGACUACUUUUCUUUUGCGAAAAAUCCUACGCGAUCAGUUGAUUAGAAGAAGGAUGGCACAUGGUAGGAACGUUGACAACAACAACGUCGUGGUCCAAAUGAAGACGGACGUCAGGACGAUCUUCAACGCGGCCGUGGACUCCGUUCUACCGCGACAGAUGGUCCACAAUACCCUCAAGCUCAACGGGAACGUGCUGAACGUAGAGGACAGGUCGUACAUGCUGAAUCACAACGUGCACGUGGUGGGGUUCGGGAAGGCGGUGGGGGGGAUGAUACGUGCGGUGGAGGAGGAGGUUGGGGACCACGUCGUGGGGGGCGUGGCCAGCGUGCCGGUAGGAACCCAGGAAGCCCUCAGGACCAGGGGCAGAGAAGACCUGUUGCCUCUGCCGGACAGUAAAGUGUCCCUGAUGGAAGGUGCAGCAGACAACCUGCCAGACGAGGCGGCUCACACUGCCGCACAGAAGAUCUCUGACCACGUCAGCAGUCUGACUGCAGGGGAUCUUCUUAUUGUCCUCAUCUCAGGUGGUGGUUCUGCCCUGUUGCCCGCCCCUGUCCCGUCAGUCAGCCUACAGGAGAAGCAGAGUGUGACCAGGCUGCUGGCUGCCAGGGGGGCCACCAUCACAGAGCUCAACACUGUCAGGAAGAACCUGUCCACACUCAAGGGCGGCAAGUUAGCUCUGGCUGCCAAGCCUGCACAGGUCAUCAGUUUGAUCCUGUCAGACAUAGUCGGUGACCCCCUUGACCUGAUAGCCAGCGGUCCCACCGUCCCGGACUCCUCCACGCCGCAGGACGCCAUCAACGUCAUCCACAAGUACGACAUCCAGGACGCCAUCCCCCUGUCUGUCUGGAGCUACCUCACCAGGCAGUACCAAAGGAAGAGCAGCAAAAACCAGGACUUUUCACACGUCCAGAACGUCCUAGUCGGAAGCAACAGCAUCGCGGUUAGCGCCGCAAAGUUGUGUGCAGAGAAGCUGGGGUACAGGACUCUGGUCCAUUCCACUUGUCUUCAGGGGGAGGCCAGCACGGUAGGCGAGAUGUACGCAACCAUGGCUGCACUGCUAGUUAACGUGUUUAACGACAGGGAUAGGAUAAUUGAAAAAUCGCUCUUCAACUCCCUCCUACAGAAGUACGGCGUGGAUGGUUCGUGUCUGAGGUCCGUGCUACAAGUCGCCGCAGAGGCUGAGAGCCAGAAGAAGCCAGUGUGUAUCAUAAGCGCGGGAGAAACUACUGUGACCCUGAGGGGGGACGGGAAAGGUGGGAGAAAUCAAGAGAUGGCGCUUGCCACUGCUGUAGCGAUGAGCAGGGACGGGAACCUCCGUUACGAGGGUCGCUCACAAGUGGUGUUCAUGAGCGCGGGAACCGAUGGACAGGAUGGGCCCACAGAUGCCGCCGGGGCAUUGGCCGAUCCAGGUCAGGUGACCAGGGCAGACGAACAGGGAUUGGCUGCCACAGAGUUCCUGGAGAACAAUGAUUCAUACAACUUCUACAAAAAUGUCGACGGAGGACAAGGCCUGGUUACAACCGGGCUGACUGGGACCAAUGUGAUGGACAUACAAAUUCUGACAGUCUGCAGUUCCUAUGAUUCUAACCUUUAAUGAAAGGGGGCUUCUAUUGUGCUAUAGUAUAGAUAUAAUAAUAAUACUAUGUAUAAUGAUAAAUCAUACAUUUCUUAGUUUCCACAGGACAAUGUAGUCAUAUAGGAAAUAAUUAUAAGUUAUGCAUAUGACAGUAAGUUUAAAAUGAAACCAGAAUGGAAACCACUCGACUACCAUAACAUUGUCAAAUCUGCUAAUAAAUUAAAUUAAGUGUUUAUUUGAUAUAAAUAUUGACAAGUGAAUUCUUAAAAUUUGCUCAAUGAAA